CUCGGUCCCGUUUCAACAAAAAUAGAAUCAGAUACUCGGUGAGUGAGUACUCUCUGCUACCAUCGCUCUCUUCUUCUCUCUAUAUCUUGUUUAGUGGUUUUGCUGGGAUCAGAGAAAGACCCAGAGAGAAAGAACGGACAAGAAGAUUGGGUAGGGAUGGGUGAGGGUGAAAGAACAGGGAUGCAUGACCUCAAUUUGACUUCAAGAAAAGCUGAAGAAGCUGCUUGGAGGCGAUUCGAAGCAGUGAAGUGGAUCGAGAGCCUUGUAGGCCCUGUUGGUUUUUCCAGUCAACCAUCAGAGAGAGAGUUCAUUUCUCGCUUGAAAAAUGGAAUGGUUCUGUGCAAUGCCAUUAACAAGAUCCAGCCUGGUGCAGUGCCAAAGGUUGUGGAGAAUCAUUCACCUUUGCAAUCAAUCACCCAAGAAUCACAGCCAUUACCGGCCUAUCAGUACUUUGAGAAUGUUAAGAAUUUUCUGGCGGCAGUUGAAGAAUUGAAGCUGCCUGCCUUUGAAGCUUCUGAUCUUGAAAGGGACACAUUGGAGCUGGGGUCAGCGAGCAAGGUUGUUGAUUGCAUAUUAGCCCUCAAAUCAUACCAUGAGUGGAAGCAGAAAAAUGGAGGGAAUGGAUUUUAUAAGCAUGUGAGAUCUCCCAUGGUUAUGCAUUCUACAAGUUCGAAGCAAUCUCGGUCCUUGGCUGUCAUCUCAUCGGGCUCUCGCAGACGCUUGGACUUGUCUCCUGCACCUGAGAAACCUUUACCUGCAGAUGGUGAACAUCGAAAACUUGAAGAUCUAAUUGCCAAGGUCCUUGCUGAACAUAUGGACGGCAGAAAGGAAAAUAUUGACGACAACUUUCUUGUUUCCUUCAGUAAUCAAAAUCUGGAUCCACUCAAUUUAUUCAGCAUAAUUACAGAUUGUUUGGAUGAACGACUUCAAAAAGAGUACCCUGAGAUGAAGUUUGAAGAUUUUCUGAAGGAAGAACAUGGUUUCCCAGCCCACACGAUAUCCAUCCCUGUAGAGGAUAUAUCUCUCCUUGGAGCGUCAAAGUGUUGCCGAGCUUGCUUGAGAAAGGGUAACUGCAAUCACCGGCAGUUAUUUCAAAUGCAAGAAAAGGAACUUCUGGAUCUAAGGGAAUUGUUGUCAACCACGAAAAGGGAGUUUGCAGACCUACAAUCACAGUUGGAGACAGAUUUGAGAGAGCUUAGCGCUCAAGUAGAAGAGAUGUCUACUGCUGCUCAGGGAUAUCACAAAGUAGUGACAGAGAACAGGAAUCUAUACAACAUGGUUCAGGAUCUGAAAGGAAAUAUUCGAGUCUACUGCAGAAUUAGGCCUGCUUUCAAUGCUGAAGCUAGGAAUGUUAUAGAGUAUAUAGGAAAUGAUGGAUCAUUAGUGAUUUUGGACCCAUUGAAGCCCCAAAGAGAUGGUAGGAAAGUUUUUCAGUUCAACAGGGUAUUUGGACCCUUAGCUACCCAAGGUGAGGUCUACACAGACACCCAGCCAUUAAUCAGGUCUGUGAUGGAUGGUUACAAUGUAUGCAUUUUUGCUUAUGGUCAAACUGGAUCUGGAAAAACUUAUACCAUGAGUGGUCCAUCCGGUGGAUCAGCCGAGGAUAUGGGAAUUAAUUACCUAGCUCUCAAUGAUCUCUUCAAGAUGUCGAAUAUGAGGAAGGACAUCAUAAGUUAUGACAUUCACGUUCAAAUGGUUGAAAUCUAUAAUGAGCAAGUGCGAGACCUUCUUGCAGAAGAUUCAUCGACCCCCAAGUUAGAGAUUCGAAGCUGCACCAGUGACAAUGGCUUUAGUCUUCCAGAUGCUACCAUACACUCUGUGAAGUCUACUACUGAUGUUCUCAAUCUGAUGAAACUCGGUGAGGUGAAUCGCGUUGUCAGUUCUACUGCAAUGAAUAACCGGAGUAGUCGUUCUCACAGUGUCUUGACAGUCCACGUGCAAGGCGAGGAUACAUCUGGAGGCAGUAUUCGUAGUCGUCUACAUUUGGUAGACCUUGCAGGUAGUGAGAGGGUUGACAAAUCAGAAGUUACAGGAGAUAGGCUCAAGGAAGCACAGCAUAUCAAUAAGUCUCUCUCUUGUCUUGGAGAUGUAAUCACAGCUUUGGCUCAGAAGAAUUCUCAUAUCCCUUACAGAAAUAGCAAACUCACAUUGCUGUUGCAAGACUCGUUAGGUGGGCGUGCAAAAACAUUAAUGUUUGCUCAUGUGAGUCCGGAAGGAGAUUCUUUCGGGGAAACUGUCGGCACAUUGAAGUUUGCUCAAAGGGUUUCCACAGUUGAACUCGGUGCUGCUCGUGCAAACAAAGAAAGUAGUGAAGUUAUGCAGCUCAAGGAACAGAUUGAGAGUCUUAAAAAGGCCUUGGCAGACAAGGAAGCACAUAGUGCACAGUUCAGUAAAACGAAUGAACUAAGAUCUCCAAGCGAGAGACCGAAAGGAAUGAUUGAUCGAACUCCUCCACGUGCUCGUAGAGUGAGCAUUGAGAAUUGUAGUGCCACAAAAACUGAGAAACUAGAAGCAAUCACUGAGCAAACUCCACGUGUUCGUAGGCUGAGCAUUGAGAAUUGCAGCACCACAAAUUCUGUGAAACCAAUGAAUUCUGAUUGCAGAAAAGUACUAAAAACACCUACUGUACCAGCUAGAGCUGGGAGAUUAAGCUUGGAAGGUCCAAGAUACGGCCCUAAAGAUAAUGUUUCACGUAGCAUUGGCAAGACAUCGGAAAAUUCCAACAAUGACAGUUCAACGAUGGAAAUUUAUCGUCCUAAAGCUCGUCUUAGCCCCACUACUAUUCCCUAUCAAACAAGUGUUCUCAGAACAGAUGGUAAGACUCGUAUUCCAACUCUUCAGCUGCCAAAGACACCUGAACGACAAGCACGCUCCACAAACGAGAUUGAGAUUGUGAUGCAUAAUGAAACUAUGUCUGCUAAUACACAGAAAGGGAAGUUGAUUAGCAGCAGCACAACUGGAAAAGGUUUACAAAUCAGAAAAUCCCUACGAACCAUUGGAAAGUUGAUUAAUGGCUCUGAAAAGAGGAACCAACAGAAGGAGAGGGAAGCAGACUCCCCCAUCGUUGACACAAGCAAUCUGAAAUCACCAACAAUUACGGCUAGUGCAAGAGCAAUGAGGAGGCAGUCGCUUACCGGAAUCCAAUCAUCGCGAAGUUCUUCUCUUGGAGAUGCCAAUGACAGUAGGAGGAAUGCAAAGACACCUCCUCCAGUGUCAUCAACAAAAAUGACCAAGCCAUGGAUGUAGAUCAGUUACAGAAAGGAAGCAAAAGAAGUCUGCCAAUGGCGCUUUGACUCGAAGCGUGUCCAAUAGCCGUAGUAAGGGAGUUGUCAAAGAUUGAGCAACCAAUAAAUUCUUGUAAACAUGAUUCGAAAACUGUGUUAAUAGACAGGUAGGUAGUUUGUUCAUGUUCAGUAGGAGGCCUUAGGCUGCAGGAAAAAGAAAAAAAGAAAAAGAAAAAAGGGAGAGGCCCUCUUGCAUGCGUUAUUAUUUUUGCAUAUUUCAUUAAGAAGUGAUUCUUUGUGGAUUGAAUUUUCUCUCCCUAAUAAAAAUAAUUUCCUUUUUGAAUUAAGGGAGAUUCAACUUGAA